GGGGUGGAGGAGGGGAGCGGAGCCGGGCGCCGACCGAGCUGCGGGGGGAGCGCUCGCUGGCUCGCCGCUGCCGCUGCCGCCGCCGCCGCCGCCGCGCUGUGCUCCGGCCGCUCCCCGCGGCCCGUGGAUGGGGGUGUCCCGCUGAGCCCCGCGAUCCGCCUCCCUCCGCCAGGACCCGGACAGAUAAACGAGUCCUGAGAGUUGCCCUUGUCCUAUCGCUGGGCAAGAAUGGAGGCCCCCCUGGUGAGUCUGGAUGAAGAGUUCGAGGACCUUCGGCCCUGCUGCUCAGAGGACCGGGAGGAGAAACCACAGUGUUUCUAUGGCUCAUCUCCCCACCAUCUAGAGGACCCCUCCCUCUCUGAGCUGGAGAAUUUUUCUUCCGAAAUAAUCAGCUUCAAGUCCAUGGAGGACCUCGUGAACGAAUUUGACGAGAAGCUCAAUGUCUGCUUUCGGAACUACAACGCCAAGACGGAGACACUCGCUCCCGUGAAGAACCAGUUCCAGAUCCAGGAGGAGGAGGAGACCCUGCAGGACGAGGAGGUUUGGGAUGCUCUGACAGAGAAUUACAUCCCUUCACUCUCAGAAGACUGGAGGGACCCAAACAUGGAGGCUCUGAAUGGCAACAGCUCUGAUAUUGAGAUCCAUGAGAAAGAAGAGGAAGAGUUCAAUGAGAAGAGUGAACAUGAUUCUGGUAUCAAUGAGGAGCCUCUACUCACAGCAGAUCAGGUGAUUGAAGAGAUUGAAGAAAUGAUGCAGAACUCCCCAGACCCUGAGGAAGAAGAGGAGGUCCUGGAAGAGGAGGAUGAGGGAGAAACCUCCUCCCAGGCAGACUCCGUCCUCCUGCGGGAGAUGCAGGCCUUGACCCAGACCUUCAACAACAACUGGUCCUACGAAGGCCUGAGGCACAUGUCUGGGUCGGAGCUGACCGAGCUGCUGGACCAGGUGGAGGGCGCCAUCCGGGACUUCUCGGAGGAGCUGGUGCAACAGCUGGCCCACCGGGACGAGCUGGAGUUCGAGAAGGAAGUGAAGAACUCCUUCAUCACGGUGCUUAUCGAGGUUCAGAACAAGCAGAAGGAGCAGCGAGAACUGAUGAAGAAGAGGCGGAAAGAGAAAGGUCUGAGCCUGCAGAGCAGCCGGAUAGAGAAGGGAACCCAGAUGCCGCUCAAGCGCUUCAGCAUGGAAGGCAUCUCCAACAUUCUGCAGAGCGGCAUCCGCCAGACCUUUGGCUCCUCAGGGACGGACAAACAGUAUCUGAACACGGUCAUCCCUUAUGAGAAGAAAGCCUUGCCCCCAUCAGUGGAGGAUCUCCAGAUGCUGACAAACAUUCUCUUUGCCAUGAAGGAGGAUAACGAGAAGGUGCCCACUUUGCUAACGGACUACAUUUUAAAAGGAAACUGUUAACAUAUAUGCGUCGAGUGACUGGAAUAAUGAACUCUCAUGUACUCAUCCUGCUUCAGUGAUCAUUGAUUCAUGGCUGAUCUUUGUUCACUUACACCCCUACCCAGCUUCUCCCCUCCAUAUUAUUUUGAAGCAAAUCCCAACCAUCAGUUUUCUUAAUCUUUAAGUAUUUCAGUGUACAUUUCUAAAACAUAAGGACUCCUUACAAAAAAUCCUAACCACAAUAUCGUUAUCACAACUAGAAAAAUAAAAAAUGUCUCAAUAUCUUUGACUAUCCAAUCAGUGCUCACAUUUCCCUGUUACAUUUUCUCAGUCUGUUUGAAUCAGGAUCCAGUGAAAACCCAUACACUGCAAUUGGAUAAUAUGUCUCCUAAAUCUCUUUAUAUAUAUAUAU